AUGCAGACUCCCAAAGUUAAAAAGAUGGAGCCACGGGUUGCAAAAUACUGGGUCGAAAAGCGCGAUUACUCCUCAGACUCUUACAUAGCCGACGCGCUUACAAGUAGGGGUAUCCCCAACUAUGUAUCCCACGCAACCAUAUUGAGCUGUCACUACCUUGCGCCAUUGUCUCAGAACUCGGAGGUCGUGGUCCGUGACAAAGACCUUAAAAACGCAUUUACCGCCCUUCGACACGAUAGGUUCUUAGAUUGCAGGACUAAAAGAGCUUGUGAAGAGGAGUUAUCCAAGGGAAGCAGACCUAAGCCUGACGUGCACCUGCACUACAGAGGGGGUAAAGGUCGCGUCGACCUUUACAAGCACUCGACACAUUUCAAAGGCGAACCUGAACCAGCUCUUAGAAAACCAGACCCUGGCGAUAGAAACUACAUGCUGUUGUCAGACACGAAGGUGCCUUUCUUGGGGGAGAAGCCAAGGUUUCAAUUCGCACCCCUCGUUGAAACGCUGCCACAAUUCAAGGAUUCUCUAGGUCCAUUGUGUGGUCGUCGAGUUAGUUUCUAUGCGGUACAAGCUCCAUUGCUCGUUCGAGCGAUCGAGUCCUGGUGCUUCCAGUUUUACGAGGCUGUCAAGUCCAUUUAUGACCUUGGUAAAUCUAUCGAUCGCGCCAAAGAUAGUGGGGUCAGAAGCAGCCUUGAAUCGAAGCGUGAUGCCUCUGUCAAUGACGCGUGGCUGUGGUUUGUUUACCUAAAUGCCAUCGUCUGGUUGUACCGUCACAAUCAGGAUGACCCCAAACGGGGACAUGGCUUAUCCUGGAACCAAAUAAUGAGGGGCGUCGAUCAGAAUCUGGUACCUUGGCUAGACGAUUGGAAGUAUAAGUACCUGGUUACCGACAACAGAGACAAGGAAGCCAACAGGGUCAAGUUCGACAAGUGCAUUGAGGAUGUGAAGAGAACUUUGGAGAAAAAAACACAAAUAAGGGCAAGAUCCCUCGUCUGA